UUUUGACUUAUAUACAAGAAACACAACGAGAAACUUUCAUUCUCUACAUCGUUGCUGACAUUAUAAACUUGACGCAACUUAACUCAACGUAACUGAAGAUUUAUGUUUCAAUAAGCAAAGAUAUAACCACUACAAAGAAGUUUUAAAAGGUUUAAAGAUGAGGGGCAUUCAAAUGAUAUCUCUUCUAUUGUUUGCCAUAUUAACAAAAGUAAUGACUAUUGCCUUAACGCACGAAGAAUUGACAGGAAAUUCAACAGAGAAUAUAGUUAACCUUACGUACAAUAAUAUGAAAAAUCAUACGGAGGAAUUUGGAAAUUUCAGUCAACAGUUUCUGUCUUGCCCGCAUAUAUUCAUUGAAUCAAAAUACUUCCAAAUUUUAGAUAAUGAAACCCUAUACGUUCCGAAUUAUUCAACUUAUUCUCAUCGAGGACUGUAUCCGCCCGGAGAUUACUACAUAAGCGGAGAUGGAGUAUAUGUAUGUUUUCUACAAGUAUUUAUAGAAGAACACAAAAAAGUCUACUAUCUAGAAGAAAUUCUGGUUUAUACCACUGUUAUAGGUCUGUCGAUGUCACUCGUUUGUUUAUUCCUUCAUUUUGUAUCAUUUCUUCUUGUACCAGAAAUGAAGAAUUUACCGGGUAAAAAUCUAGCAUCUCUCUCUCUAUCUCUGUUUAUGUCUAAUUUAGUCUUCCUGAUAGGUAGAAUAGGAUAUUCAUAUACUUGGACGUGUUAUCCUCUCGGUUUAGCUAAUUAUUAUUUCAUGAUGUCUUCUUUCUUCUGGAUAAAUUCGAUAUCAUUCAAUGUCUUCCGUUCAUUCCGACAGGCUACUACAAAGCUUAGAUUAUCAAAACACAAUAACGUCAAGAGAUUUUUCUUCUAUUCUUUAUACUCCUGGGGUUUACCAUUUGUAUUCUUGAUAGUAGUAGUCGUAGGAGACGAAACCGAUGCGUAUCCUGAAUAUUUAAAACCAGGAUUCAAGUCACGAAAUUGCUGGUUUCGUGAAACGUUGUCAGCCAUUUUCUUCUUCGCCAUUCCUUUUGGAAUUCUUGUAUUUAUAAAUGCCAUGUUGUUCCUUUUCAGCGCUUUUAUAAUUUCCAGCUCUUUCGGAACCGGUAACGAAGAAAACGGGAAGAGGAAAAAGUUUUCUUUGUACUUAAAACUUGCAGUUAUAAUGGGUCUAGGUUGGAUUUUUGGAUUGAUUACUUAUUUUGUAUCCUCAAUUUUUAUCAAGUUCAUUAGCGUUAUAAUAAUAAGCUUUCAGGGUGUUUUUAUCUUUCUGGCUUUCACUAGAUUUCAUAAAACGAAAGCACGUUUGCUUCGAAUUUGCAAAAUGAUCGUUACGUGUUCUACACUUCAUACAGAAGACCAGCGAUCCAGUGCCAAAAAAUCCAGCAUUUCUACCAUUAACUCCAUCGCUUCUUACAGAAUAAAAUCUGAAGAAUAUAAACCUCAAAACGAGUAACUAUAGUUUAUGCUUGAAGAAGAAAAACUGUUAUCAUUUUGAAAAUAAUAUCCUGUACCCGAUUUUAAUUGAUGUAUUAUCGAUUGUCUUGGAUGUACUGUACGAAUACGUAGUAUAUUAGAAUAUUAAAUAUAUCUUCUGAAAUUUAAGCACUACAGAAAUCCUUGAUAGCAAUAUACCUGAAUUAAAAUUUAAAAUAUCUUACGUUUAGUAUUCUGUAGAUUUUAUGAACAAAGAUGUCACUCGUGUAAUUGCUUGUAUUUAGUGUAUUUAAUAUCCAGCUUUGAAAUCAGAAGAAAUUUAUGAAAUGUAGUUCACAAAGUAUAAUUUGUGAAAUGUAUAGGCAUACAUAAUUGUGGAAUUUGUUGUAAAUAAUUUACGCAUGUUAACAAUUGUAAACCAUACUAUUCUAUGGAAAAUAUGUUAGUUACGUCAUAAUUAUAUUAAAUAAAUUAUGCUUUAACUAAUUCAUUUGUGUGAUAAGUAAUAUAUUAAUUAUAGUUCUAAAAUUAUUUUAGU